AUCAUUCACAAAUCUGUUUAGUCCUCACCUCUCUUCUGAACACUAGUCUCACAUCAACAACUUCCUCACAUCUUGAACUAGAUGUGCCACAGGCAUCUUUAAAUUUCCAAAAUGAUGCCUUCCUUCUAUUACAGAUGAAUACAAUGUGAGCUUUGGCUAAGAGACUUCCAGCACAUUUGAAUGAUUGGAUUUUUAUCAAAGGAAGAACUACAUGACUUCAGCUUCCCAAAACAACACUGCUGACAGAGAGAUCUACCAUUUCUGCUGCUAAUGUCUGAAUGCUUGGAGGUCUAAGCACUCCACCCUGCUGGUACCAGUUCCUGAAACCAUCAUGGGGCCUGAAGGUAGCCUUCUGCAUACCGGGCAGGUGCACAUCAUCAUCUGGGGGAGUUUGGCAGCUGUUGCAACUUUCCUACUCAUUACCUUCCUCAUCUUUCUAUGCUCCAGUUGUGAAAGAGAAAAGAAGCCAAAACAACAAAAUGGUGACCACGAGAAUCUGAUGAAUGUGCCUUCAGAUAAGGAGAUGUUCAGCCAUUCAGUCACUAGUCUGGGUACUGAACUUCCUGCAAGCAGUGAACAAAAUGGGGGCCUUAUCAAUGGAGACAUUCUUUCAGAAGACAGUACUAUGACAUGCAUGCAACAUUAUGAAGAAGUACAGAGUUCUAUUUCUGACCUGUUGGAUUCCCAGGACAGUGCGGGAAAGUCAGCAAAAUGUCAUCAAAGCCGGGAAUUACCCAGAAUUCCUCCUAAUGAUACCUUGGAUACUAUUCUUACCACAAGAAAUGUGGACAGUGACCAGGGUCUUGGGAUGGAAGGACCAUAUGAAGUUCUCAAAGGUAGCUCCUCCCAGGAAAACAUGGUGGAAGAUUGUCUGUAUGAAACUGUGAAGGAAAUAAAGGAAGUAGGAACAGCAACCAACCCAGAAAAAAGCCAACAUGGAAGACCAAAUUCUGUAACUGCCUUUAAAGAGAUGCAAGGCCCCCAGCCCAUGAACAAAGUUGAGUCUGCAGAAUAUGCCUCUGUGGACCGAAAUAAAAAAAGUCGACAUAGCGUCAAUGUAGAGAGUGUUCUUGGCAGUUCUUUGGAUGCAGAGGAAGAAGCCCCACCACCUGUCCCUGUAAAACUCCUUGAUGAGAAUGAAAAUGUACAGGAUAAAACAGAUGGGGAGGCAGCAAAUAAAGGGGCCACAGAGAGUACUAGUCAAGUCAAUAAGAGGCUUAGUUCGCUAUCUUACAAGUCUCGAGAGGAAGACCCAACUCUUACAGAAGAAGAGAUUUCUGCAAUGUACUCGUCUGUAAGUAAGCCAGGACAGACUCUUAAAGUACCAGAAGCCACUUACUCCUGUAUUCAAGAUGUAGCUCCAAAGAGAUCACCAUCUUCCGGUAAUGAUCUCUAUGCUACAGUACGGGAUUUUGAGAAAAACCCAAACAGCAAUAUGCCCCCGCCAGGAGUCAGUUCAAAUGGGGAACCAGAACCUGAUUAUGAAGCGAUCCAGUCAUUAAACAAGGAUGAAGAAAAGACCACGUCAAUGGCUAAUGGUAACCACAUCACUUUUCCAAAAGAAAAUGACUAUGAGAGUAUUGGGGACUUACAACACAACAAAGAUAUCACCAGACUUUAAGGCCAAGACAAAAUUUUUUUAACGUUAUAUUAUCAGCAAUUUGGAAAUGUUUCUCAAUUUAAAGAAAAACAAAAGGUUGUAGUAAACUACAAAUUGUACAUUGCUUUAGAGAACCGAAAACAAUGGAGGGGCAGUGGCCAAUUUCAAGCCUUCCCAAGCAAUAAGGUACACACAGAUAUGCACUCACACAUAUAUAAUAAAAAUAGACAAACAUUUCAUCCCCCUCCCUAAAAUGGUUCAUUUCCUCUUGCAGUGAAGAUGAAAAUGUUGGUGGUUUCCAAGAAUGUCCAAUAUUGUAAAAUGAACCACGAUCACUAUAUAAUGUACAUUACUUUCCUAAAAUACUGCCUUUCAGAAGAGCCAGUUGUUCAUUGUUUUUGCUACCUGCUGAAACAUUUUAAACGUGUGGCUGUUUGUCUUCUCAUCUCCGAACUGAACAACUCACACCAAGGAUUUUCUCCCCUGACAUUCAAGAUUUUUACUCCAGCAUAGACCUGUUUGGAUGGUGGGGAACUCUGGCCAACAUGUUCACCAUCCCAAUCUUCAGUGCUCUUCCGGCAGCUUCUUCUUCCGCAACUGGAGAUUCAAACUCCAGUACCCCAAUAGGAUUAGAGACCUUCUGUGAGUCUCUUCAGAUUUUUGUCACUUCUUAUGUUGGCACUCCACUAGUGGCCUAUACCAAAAGUACUUGAAUUCAGUUUUAGAUGCUUUAUUUUAUUUUUCUAGUCAAGAACUUUUUUCGGUAUUUUAAGAAGAUUCAGAAUUUUUUCAGUAUUUUAAGAAUGUUAUGGUACUUAAUAGAAUUCUUUUUAAUUAGCCGGGAACUCAUUGUUUUGAACAGAGCCUUAAUCUUUUUGUUUGGACACAGACCACAUAUUUGGACAGUGACCACACUGUCUGGCUCUGAAGGGCUGGGAACAUGAAUGUGUAUUUUAAAGUAUCUCUUCUGUCCACGUUAUAAGAGUCUUGACCGGCUUGAGUAAGUCAUUCUCUGAAAUUAAUCUAGAUUCAAUAGAAUAUUUGUAAGCAUUUAUUUUUAGUAUGUAAAUAUCUAAAGCAUCUUGUUUUGUGCCUAGCUUCUAAAGAAUAUUAGAAAUUAUGUAAAUUAACUAUUUUCAUUUUAUGAUUCAUUUAUAAUCAUCAAAAAGAAAACAAAAACUCAAAAAAGCACAGAAGCUAGUUAAGUAAAGCUAGUUUGUGUUUUUGUUUUUUAACCUUUUUCUAAUCACGUAUGUAAGAGUUGAGGUCUUUAAAGAUUCAUCUUUUCAAAUGGUACAUGCAGCUCCUAGUCAGAAUCACCUUGGUAAUUGAAUACAUCAAAUAAGUGUAUGUUGCUCAUCGGUACUAGUACUUUGGGGUACAAAAUUUCUGAAACACUUGGUUGAAACAGUUGCACAGAGAAGGAAGGAAACGGACUCUUUUUACAGAUUGUCACUAUCCCUAGUAGGUGCUUAUUUGCCAUUUCUUUCAGAUCAUUAUGGUUCAAUGACUAUGCAGCCUACAUGAACAGAUUUUGAUGAGCCAUUAGGGAUUUUCUUACCUUUCAUAUCAAUCUGUGGCCAGUUGUCAGAAUUUAAGGAAGAACCUGUUCUGGUCUAAGCUGGCCUUAUAUGUAUGUGCUCAGGUCUUACAAAAGGACCAUUCGAAGAUUUGUCUACCUUCCCUAAUCCAAGAGGAAAAUUAUGGGUAUCAUUGUGAAUAGUGGUUUAGAGUUAUUGGAAAACUGCAAAUUCUUCUGACCACCAGAAAAGGAGCCAAUUAUUCUGUAUUGCUAUUGAUAACUGUCACUUUUUUGGAUUCAUAGUUUGUGCUAUUUUCCCUCCCUGUAAAACAAAGGUGAUUUGGGAGGCUAAAGCUGCUUGAAAAAUACAUAUAGUUCGAUGGAUGUGCUUUCCAGGAGGUGUAAUCAUUGCUUUGAUUCUGUGAUGGCUCCAUACAUUUAAUUAAAUUUACAAUUCUGAAAUAACAAGACUACCUUAGUGGGGGGAUUAACUGAUUAGCUAAUCAAGCAUAGGUUUUAUUUCUUCAGAGCCUUGAUCUCCUGCUAAGACAUUAGGGGUACAACAAUAGUCUUAGCAAAAGUGUUAAAUUACGUUUCCAUAGUAUAGGAUAAAUGGCAGCAUUCCUGGAGAGCUCAUGCUGCUGAGUAGUUGAAAAUCUCUUGUUUAGUGUAUCCAGAUAUCUAUGAGCACAAGUCAUGUGUUAAGCACUUCCUAGUUAAUGAAGUAGAAACUUAAGAAGGCACAUCAAUUCUUUUAUAGGCCAUAGGGUCUCCAUUCAAUGUCUGUUAAUAAUAAUUAUCCCAUAUUCGUGGCCAUGUAGGCUGUUCCGAAAAUAAUGGACCAAAGUACUACCUCUUGGCCUCAAGAAGUUAUUAUUCAUCUCUAAAUGCAUCUCUUAACUACAAGAAGAAUAACUUGGUACUGAGGAUGACAGAACUUUCUAGAAAGAAGCCCUCUUUUUUACAUAUAGUUAUUGUUUUUUCCCUAAUAACUUUCAAAUGUGGAUUCUGAGUACCCGAUCUAUAAGAUAUGCAUUGCACAUCUCUCUUGAUUUGAGGACUCUUGACUGAGGGAGAUGUGAGGUCUGUCAGUUAAUUAACAGGUUGUAAAAGAAUAUUUAAAGAACCUGAUGUACCACAUACACACACCCAGCACAACCACACACAAGAUUGAAUUAUAGCACAAUCAUUUCUAUUGAGGAGAGGCUAUAGGGAGGAGUUUGGCUGGAUACUAGGCAGGACAUUAUAUGCUCUUUCAAAGAAAAUUGCUGUUUUCCUUUAUUGUUCCAGUUUCAGCAUUACACAAAUGAAUCACUCAUAUAAUUUUUCAUACUUCCACCACAGUUGAAAGAAAAUCUGAAGAGAGAAGUUGGUCACUUUUACCAAACCCUGGGUUGUUAAAAUUCAAAUAUACAUGAAGGAUGCUUUUAUGAAUGAGUUAUAUUAUUCUUUUUCAGAAUUAUAUUAGAGUUCUUUUUAGAUAUGUCAGAGAUCUGUUUGGUUCUCCUGUACAUCUGAAUUACAACCUCAUCUAAAAUGAGCCGUUUAUAUUAUUUUUUCAUUGUUUUAAAUUGGAGAUGUUUUUAAAUUCCAAUUUAAUUUUUUAUGCCCAUUAUACUUUUGAACAGAAAUUUUACCAGAAAAGUGUUUGAAGAAUUUGCAGGAACAAGUUAUAGCCUAGAGGAAAAAAAAUAGCAAAUUUACCCCAAAGUUAAUCUAAUGUUUAUUACUACAUCUCCUGUCCUAAUAUAAAUUAUAUCACUAGUUCUUUUGUAAAACAUUUGAAGGAGGGGGCAGCUAGGUGGCACAGUGGAUAAAGCACUGGCCCUGGAUUCAGAAGGACCUGAGUUCAAAUCCAGUCUCAGACAUUUGACACUAGCUGUGUGACCCUGGGCAAGUCACUUAAUCCCUAUUGCCCUAAAAAAAAAAUUGAAGGAAUAGCUCUUCCUUAAGCAAAAGUCGAUCCUUGUUUCAACUGCUUCAAAGUCACAAGAAUCCAAGGAACUAUGUUUAAUUAGGUGCUAAAAAUUAAUGGUCGAUUGUCAACACAAAGCAAUAUUAUCAUUUUACUUCAAUGUGUGGCAGCAUCUAUUUAUUCAAGAGAACAUGUUUUCUUAAUUUUUGUAAUUCUGUGUAUUUAUUCUUUUUUUUUAACUGGUACUUUACAAAGUGAAAGCACCAAGCACCUGGUUAUCACUUGCACAUGCCCCUGGCACUCACUGAAUGAGAAGCAGUCAGUAACGUGCCAUCUGAAUGUUCAUCUGAGAUAUCAUCUGAACUGUUGUCAGAGAAGCAAGUCUGUAACAUAUUCUCUAACAUAUGGUGAUUUAAAGGAAAAACUUUCUUGAGGAAUUCUGACUCCUUAAGCUUUUCUUAUAUAUGAAAACAUUCAGAUUCUUCCUUAUCACCCAGAUCUUCAUCAUUUUCCCUGCUGCAGCAUAAUCCCCAUUGAGAAGUUUUCAUCUCUAGCUUAAGAAAGCUUUUCCUGUGUGUUUGAUUCACCAAGAGGAUAAUGAUGGAAAUGUAAAUAUGUGUACUCCUUAGAUAUGUGUACAGUAGGAGAUUUGGCCUAAAGCUUUUCAAAAGGAGGGAGAAAGGUAAAGGAGAGAGACGACAAUGGAGCCAAUGCAUGGUGACUCCCCCAGAUAGCAAUAGCCAAUGAAAACAUGGUUAUCUUAUUUCAUUCUUUCUAGUCAUUUCCAUGGUUCCAGGCAUGGAAUCAGCAGGCAGUAAAGUGGUGGGUAUUUUUUUAGAAGAAUGUACUCCAUGGAUUGCAGCAUGGCUAUAAUUUCAAGACUUCUGCUAUUCCAAAAGUCAUUCACGGCAAGACUGAAUUGCAGUUUUGUAAAUGAAUAAAUGCCAAGAUUUCCUUUCAGUCCUCCAUGUAAUAGUCAGUCUCAUUCAGUGUGGUAUAGUGAUACUGUUCUCAAACUGUUGAUUUGUGCUGCUCCAUCAGAUUAGCAUUGGCUGCUGAGAGCCCAGUAGGUACUGAUGGUUAUUUCCUGGAUAUCUUGACAAGUUUAUUGUACAAUGCUUUGGGGGAAUUGGGGGGUGUAGGGUUAAAAUAUAAUAUUCAGUGUUAAGUGACAUGUGAAAAUAGGAAUACAUCUAUAAAUAUAGUAUGGCCUUUAUUUACAGUGAAACUCCAAUUUUGCUGUAAUACCUUCUUGUUUUGUACUGUAACUUUCUGUAAAUGCUUUAAACCUCACUGUGCCAUUAGAUGAUUUGAACAAGAUCUACCCAAUAGAAUAACUCAAAGUGCUGAGAUUAUAAUGAUGAGAAAGCAGUCCAGAAAAUUAGGAUAAACUGGAGUUAACCAGUCAGUAUUAUCAGCAUACCCCAAGGCAGGGGGAAGGACUAGCAGAAGAAUAUUCAUAUUUUGUAAAUGUGCAAAUGAAGCUUCAUUAUCCCUGCCCUUCAUUUUAUCCAGGCACAGAGAUUUGUAAAGUGCUUGAUGGCUUUUCCUAGUGUUACUUUUUUUUUAAACCAAUCUCCCAGAUCCCUUCAAAAUAUCACAAGGAAAGAGAUCUAGAGUCAUGUGGUACUUCUCAGUUAUCAGCCAAUUUGGUACUAUCUUCUCUUAGUACAAUUAGAUUAGAUUUUGCUUGCCAGUAUACUACUUGUGCACCGUGGGUAUUUGUCAAAGAUGUAUUAUGCUCUGGUUGUCUCAUUACACAGUGUAAUGUGUUCUAAAGGCUGGUAAUUACCAUUCCUCAGACUCCUGUGUUUCAGAUCUACAGAAAUAAAAUGCUUCUAUGUUACCUUUUAAAUGAUUGUGUAGGUUUUACACAUUUUGUGUUUUCAUGGCCCGUAAGAUGGAAAUAGAACAAAACACAGUGAUAGUGACAAAUAUGAGUAAGAAUGUCUCUAGUCUGCAUACCUAAUUCAUGCAUUUUCCCUCAUGAAAUCUGAUCAUUAGAAAGUUAUGCUCCUUUCUUCUAUGUAAUCUCCACUCAUUUUUAAGGCUUUUCCUUGUGCAAAAUAAUUUGGGGUGCUUAUGUGGUUCUUUCCUGAAUGUCUUAGGAAGUAUUUAUAAUGUUAAAAUUAUGAGAGUCAUAAAGUAGUAAGAAAAUAUAUCACUAAUAUCACACCUGAAUUUUGGAGUGAAAGAUGCCUAUAUUGGCUCCAAUGUUUUUAUUAUUCUGUUUACCCUGACUUCCCUUCCAGUAGCAGCCCACUCUUGCUUCAUACAGCACAACUCAUAGUUCUUCUCAAUCCUUCUAUCAUAAUUAGCACUGCAAGCUACUUAUGGCACCAGUCACAGCUCCAAAAUGUAAGGUUUUCACAAGUCAGUGGUGAGACAUUCCUUAAAGAAUUUGGAAGAGUAGCAUACCUGUACAACACUUGUUUUGCUGAACCAUGUGGUAUCUGCCAUUUAAAAUGAUGAUACCACUGACCCAUCAGUAGAAUGAGUUUUGAGUUGCUUUUUCAAUAUCAUUCAGCCAUUCAGGCUUCUUUACCUACUCUUCCUUAUGGGAGAUUGGUUGUCUAUGGCCUUGAAAGAGGUUUGUUGGGGUUGGUUAUGUUUCCACCUAAGUACUUAAUAAAUGCUUGUUGACUGACCAACCCACUGAGAGAUGAAAGGCACAAUCUAUUUCACUGGUACUGUGAGCUAUCCUAGGUAGCUGACACCAGUGCUACACCAAGAAACCCUUUUUGCUCUCCAAAAUUCCAUCAGAGGCUGCCUUAUUCAUGGAUCUGUCGAAGAUAUAAUUCUUGUUAAUAGUUCAUUUGAACAACAGAAUGGCAUCCAACAUUAGCACCCAAAACUUGGUUUGUAUCGUCAACUAAUUCCCUUCUAGAUCUAGUAAUUUCUAAUCCUGAGUUUAAUGGCAAAUAUGCCCAGAAGCACACCCACUUUCAUCCUGUAAACAUAAUCCUUUUGUUCCUUUAAAAUAUUCACAUGGGUUUACCGGAAUAGAACACAUUCUCAAGAAAAGAGUGAGUUACCAAGCUGCUGUAUUUAUAAUUAAUUGGACUUUAUCCCCUCCUCCCUGUACCCACCUGUGCCCAAGUGGCUUGAAAUUGUUAAUGUGUCUAACUAGGGAAUGAGUGAGGCAUUAGGGAAAACUUGGCUGAUUAUGUGCAAGCUACCUGACCUUGAGAAUCAAAUUCCAGACACUUCUAAUUAGUGAUUCAGAUGAGUCUAUAACAUAGUAGUAAUGACUGCAAUUUUCAACAUGCAUAAUACUACAGUUUGCCUUUAAUUCUCACGAGGGGUUUUUUGUCUUUUUUAUACUAUAAUAACUGAUCACAAUUCAUAAUUCAGCUUGAUUAAAUAAACAUUAUUAAGCCCCUGCUUACAUACAUGAAAGACUGUCAAUAUGUAAAAGGAAAUUUCAGAUGGAAAAAAGUGUUCUGAUUUACUAUAUUAUGUCCAUUUCAUUUAAAAAAAACACCCCAUACUUAUAUGGUAAUUAUAUAACCUAAUAUACUCUAAAGGAUAAUUAAGGCUCAAAGGAAGAAACUUUUUAAUCCCUGAAGAAUGCAAAUUAAAACUUUUGGGGAGCACUACCUAUCUUAAUGACAGUUUUCUUUUGUUAACUCCUUACCAUCACCGCACAUACACAGACUCAUAACAUAGAUUUCAGAAUGAGUAUAACUAAAAAUAGUAUCUAAUACUUUCUUAAUAUGAAGUGAUUCUUUUAUCCUGGGUUGUCCCUCCUGGGAAGUGGCACUACAGUAAAAGAGACCUCCCCUGAGAGAUGGCAACUCCAUUCAUUAGAUGAAAAUAGUGAAAAAACAAAAGGAGUUUGAACAUUUCUUGGACAAGUAUUCACAUAUUUAUUGAACAACUAAGUUACCUAAGAUAUUUAUCACUCAUCCCUAAGGUUUUCCUUUUUAAAACUACAAAAGUAUUUUUUUAAUAUUCUCUGGCAUUUCACAGACAUCUAUUGUGCAAAAAACAAUGCUAAGUAGUUUUUAUGGGUACCUAUUUCUGUAGGAAAAGAAAAAUAGAUUCUGGAAACACAAAAAUGUAGGUUCUUAUUCCUGGGUCCACUACUGAUUAUUUAAAAUUUGAUCAAUCAACAAGCAUUUACUAAGCACCACAUGUUCCAGGGACUGCUAGAGAUUGGAGAUAUAAACCCAAAAGUGGAAACAGUCCCUGCCCUCAAAGAGAUUACAUGCUAUCAUGAUUUAAUAAAGUACUGAGUUUUUCACUUUGCAUUUAGCAUAGUUAGACUUGUGGGUUUUUUUCAAAUUAGUAACUUUGUCAAGUAGCUAUAUUAGUCAUGUGCUCAGCAUCAUGAAAAAGAAAAGAUGAUUUCAAUUAUAUGCCCAUGAGGAAAAUAGAACAAUCUUCAUAACUCCCUUUUUACCUUUCCAAGAUUUUAUAAUGUAUAAAUGUAGACAUGAUGAUCAAAACUACAGACCAGGUCAUUGAAUCAAUAAUUUUGUAAAUAAAAUUAUUCAUUUCCAUUUCUCUUUACCCUGGAGGAAGGUUGGUAUAUGAGUGGUAUAAUAUCACAAUACUGAGUUGUGAGUGGCUAGAAACACCUUUCAAGGUCUUUUCAACAUUCUUUACUUUAAAAAAAAUAAUAAACUCCUUAAAUCAUUUUUUUAAAAAGUUACUUCCCUGGGGCAGCUAGGUGGCACAGUGGAUGGAGCACCAGCCCUGGAUUCAGGAGGACCUGAGUUCAAAUCCGGCCUCAGACACUUUAUACACUUACUAGCUGUGUGACCUUGGGCAAGUCACUUAACCCCAAUUGCCUCACACACACACAAAAAAAGUUACUUCCCUGAUCAAUUUCUGUACAAGUGUAUUAUCAGUCCAAAAUAUGCUUGAAAAGAGAAAAAAAUGCAUAGAAUUUUUUACCCCUAGUAAAGUGAGAUGGCAUCUUUCAUCAAUUUCAAAGAGGAGGCAACAGCUCUUCGGUUGAUAAAGCAUUGGUUUUGGAGUCAUGAGUCCAAGGCAUCAUUGACAACUCUUGACUUACUUGGGCAAAACAAUUAACUUAUGUGCCUCAGUUUAUCCAUCUGCAAAAUGGAGAUAAUAAUACUUAACACUGCCUACCUCACCAGGAUGUGAUGAGGGCAAGUGAGAUAAUUGUGAAAUGCUUUGAAUUUUUUGAAAGAAAGGUGCUAUGUAAAUUGAAGGCAUAUUUUGUUUUUAAUGAACCAGUUAUUGAUUCUAUUUAGGGUUUUAAUAUGCUGCUCAUUGUGAGGAUAAUUUUAAGAUUGAUGCAUAUUGUUCGCGUCUUUGCUCAAACCUCAAUAUAUCAUUCAAUAGUGGUACCCAAUAAAGCGAAAUGUGUAUUUUCAGCUUAUUUCUACUAAAAACAUUUAAAUUGUGAAUCUUUACAAAUUGCUGGAGUUUGACAUGUAACUUCAAAAGUUACAUGUCAUGAACCUCUUUGUGUCUGUACAUAAGUAUAAUUAUGUGUAAAUAGCUGGUAUGUUGUAAUUACAGACAUUGUCAGAUUGUCCUUGUCUUUUCUAAAUUGCAAUAAAGUUCAGUUUUCUACAAA